AUGACAGACCAGGAGAAUAACAACAACAUCUCAAGUAACCCCUUUGCUGCUCUUUUUGGCUCUCUGGCUGAUGCCAAGCAGUUUGCAGCAAUCCAGAAGGAGCAGCUGAAGCAGCAAACUGAUGAACUCCAGCUCAGCCAGGAUGACUCGGAUAAUAGCGUGUCAGAGAGCCUGGAUGAGUUUGAUUACUCUGUGGCUGAAAUUAGCCGCUCAUUCCGCUCACAGCAGGAAAUAUGUGAGCAACUCAACAUCAAUCACAUGAUCCAGAGGAUCUUCCUCAUUACUCUGGAUAACAGUGACCCGAGCAUGAAGAGUGGGAAUGGCAUCCCCAGCCGCUGUGUGUAUUUGGAGGAAAUGGCAGUAGACCUCGAAGACCAAGACUGGCUUGAUAUGAACAACAUUGAGCAGGCUGUCUUUGCUCGCUUACUACUUCAAGAUCCCGGCAACCACUUGAUCAACAUGACUUCUUCUGGGACGCUCAACCUCUCUGCCGAUCGAGACGCAGGGGAGAAGCACGCCUUUUGUUACCUUUAUUCCUGCUUCCAAAGAGCCAAGGAAGAGAUUACCAAGGUUCCAGAGAACCUGCUGCCUUUCGCGGUGCAGUGCAGGAACCUCAUCGUGUCUAACACCCGGACCGUCCUCCUCACCCCGGAGAUAUAUGUGGACCAAAACAUCCACGAGCAGCUGGUAGACUUGAUGUUGGAGGCCGUCCAAGGAGCCCAUUUUGAAGAUGUGACUGAAUUUCUGGAAGAGGUCAUUGAAGCCUUGCUAUUGGAUGAGGAAGUUCGAACAUUUCCAGAGGUUAUGUUCCCGGUGUUUGAUAUUUUGUUGGGCCGGAUAAAAGAUCUGGAGCUCUGCCAGAUGCUGCUGUACGCGUACUUGGACAUCCUGCUCUAUCUCACCAGGCAGAAGGACAUGGCCAAGGUUUUUGUAGAAUACAUUCAGCCCAAGGACCUCAGCAAUGGGCAGAUGUACCAGAAGACAUUGCUGGGAGUAAUCCUAAAUAUCUCUUGCUUAUUAAAGACUCCGGGUGUCAUCGAAAAUCAUGGCUAUUUCUUGAAUCCAUCUCGCUCCAGCCCCCAGGAGAUCAAAGUACAAGAGGCCAACAUCCAUCAGUUCAUGGCUCAGUUCCAUGAAAAGAUCUACCAGAUGCUGAAGAACUUACUCCAGCUCUCCCCAGAAACCAGACACUGUGUCCUGUCCUGGCUGGGAAACUGUUUACAUGCAAAUGCAGGCCGCACCAAGAUCUGGGCCAACCAGAUGCCAGAAAUCUUCUUCCAGAUGUAUGCCUCGGAUGCCUUCUUUCUGAACCUGGGUGCUGCUCUCCUGAAGCUGUGCCAGCCAUUUUGCAAACCCAGGUCCUCUCGGCUCCUCACCUUUAACCCCACUUACUGUGCACUGAAGGAGUUGAAUGAUGAAGAACGAAAAAUAAAAAAUGUACACAUGAGAGGUUUGGACAAAGAAACCUGCCUUAUCCCAGCUGUGCAGGAGCCAAAGUUCCCCCAGAGCUACAACCUGGUGACAGAGAACCUGGUCCUGACAGAGUACACCUUACACUUGGGAUUUCACAGGUUGCAUGAUCAGAUGGUAAAAAUCAACCAAAAUCUGCACCGGCUGCAGGUCGCCUGGCGGGAAGCUCAGCAAAGCUCCAGCCCUGCGGCUGACAACCUGCGUGAGCAGUUUGAGCGACUGAUGACCAUCUAUCUCUCUACCAAGACCGCCAUGACUGAGCCACAGAUGCUACAAAACUGUCUCAACUUGCAGGUGUCCCUGGCCGUUCUCCUGGUUCAGCUGGCCAUAGGCAAUGAGGGCUCCCAGCCCAUAGAGCUGACUUUCCCUCUGCCCGAUGGCUACAGCUCCUUGGCCUAUGUGCCAGAAUUUUUUGCAGAUAACCUGGGUGACUUCCUCAUCUUCCUCCGCCGCUUUGCCGAUGACAUGUUGGAGACGUCCGCAGACUCCCUGGAGCACGUGCUUCACUUCGUCACCGUCUUCACGGGCAGCAUAGAAAGGAUGAAGAAUCCCCACCUGAGGGCCAAGCUGGCCGAGGUGCUGGAAGCAGUGAUGCCCCACCUGGAUCAGACCCCGAGUCCCCUGGUGUCGAGUGUGUUCCACCGGAAACGUGUGUUCUGCAACUUUCCCUACGCGGCCCACCUUGCGGAAGCUCUGAUCAAGGUCUUUGUGGACAUUGAAUUCACAGGAGACCCCCAUCAAUUUGAACAGAAGUUCAAUUACCGCCGUCCCAUGUAUCCCAUCCUAAGGUACAUGUGGGGAGCAGAUACCUAUCGGGAGAGCAUUAAGGAUUUGGCUGACUAUGCCUCCAAGAAUUUAGAAGCCAUGAAUCCCCCACUUUUUCUCCGCUUUCUUAACCUGCUAAUGAACGAUGCCAUCUUCCUUUUGGAUGAAGCCAUACAGUAUCUGAGCAAGAUAAAGAUCCAGCAGAUUGAGAAGGACCGAGGUGAAUGGGACAGUCUGACUCCAGAGGCCCGCCGAGAGAAGGAAGCUGGCCUGCAGAUGUUCGGACAGCUGGCACGUUUCCAUAACAUCAUGUCCAAUGAAACAAUUGGCACCCUUGCCUUUCUGACAUCAGAGAUCAAGUCCCUCUUCGUGCACCCGUUCCUGGCCGAGCGCAUCAUCUCCAUGCUCAACUACUUCCUGCAGCACCUGGUGGGCCCCAAGAUGGGGGCCUUGAAAGUCAAGGACUUCAGUGAAUUUGACUUCAAGCCCCAACAGCUCGUAUCAGAUAUCUGCACGAUCUACUUAAAUCUUGGGGCUGAGGAGAAUUUCUGUGCCGCUGUGCCCAAGGACGGACGCUCCUACUCCCCCACUCUUCUUGCGCAGACAAUCCGAGUCCUGAAGAAAAUAAAUAAGCCUGGGGAUAUGAUUGUGGCUUUCACCAACUUAGCGGAGAGAAUCAAGUCUCUUGCAGACCUGCAGCAGCAGGAAGAGGAGACCUACGCGGACGCCUGCGACGAGUUCCUGGAUCCCAUCAUGAGCACCCUGAUGUCUGACCCCGUGGUGCUGCCGUCCUCCAGAGUCACUGUGGACAGGUCCACGAUCGCCAGACACCUGCUCAGUGACCAAACAGAUCCCUUUAACCGUAGCCCCCUCACCAUGGACCAGAUCCGGCCAAACACAGAACUAAAGGAAAAAAUCCAACGGUGGCUGGCAGAGAGGAAACAACAAAAGGAGCAACUUGAAUAA